CGAUCUCUGGGCCGUCGCGCGGCGGACACCGAUGUUUGCAGGGGCAUUUGCGCAUGCGCAUAUGAUUCGACUGCCGCGCCCGGCCCCAUCUAAUCUUCUGCUGCACCAUCCACCAACUCUGCCAUGUCCGCUGGACGAGAAAGUGCACCUCCAGCUGACAAAGUAGUGCUGGUCGGAAACCCCGGCGUUGGGAAGUCCACGAUCUACCAGUACUUCAAGACGGGGCGAUUUGCGCCAGAGGAUCAGCUCAGUCAUCGAGACAAGGCAGAGCACACCAAGAAAUGGAACGUCUCUGGCGUCGAGAGAUCGAUGACGCUGUAUGACACGGCUGGGGUGGAGAGACACACGCAAACGAUGCUCCCGACCUACUUUCGCAGGGCGAAGGCCAUCAUGCUCGUCUACAGCAUAGACAACAUGGAAUCCUUCGGAGACAUCGGCUCAAACUGGCUGGAUAACUCGCUCAACUCGGCCAACAGCGCACGAGUCGUUUUGGUGGGGAAUAAAGUGGACUUGGAGGACGGGCAAGAGGUGGGUGGGGAGUCAAAACGCGUCAUCUCGAGAGAGAGGGCGAUGCAGUAUGCCGUAAUGAACGACAUUGACAGGAGUAUGGUGUUUGAGAUAUCGGCCAAGACCGGGCACGGCGUGACAGAAAUGUUUGAUGCCAUUGUGAAAACAAUAGACCCAGUUGUGCAAUCACAGCCUGCGGUCGACGAAAAGCCCAAUCAGCCAAGUUGCUGCUGAUUUUUUUUAGUUGUGUUGCCUUUUUAGCCAUUUUAUUAUGAUUACUAUGCCCCCUUUUGCGUGGGUUAAAAGCAAACUCACUCCUCCUACCAAUGCUAACUUUGCACUAUAGCAGCAAUGAUGUGUAAAUUUUCCUGUGUAAACAUAUAAUUAUAUUGGGGAGCAGAGGAGUGUAUCUGUCCAAGUGCUGGGGUAUUGACAGAACAGCAAAGAUGGCAAAAAAACAGCUGCCCAUGGAUGCCAAAGUUCCUCCUUGUUUAGCUCAUUGAGUUCCACAUAGCUAAGAGAGUGAGAGAAAUA